AUGUCAACUGGGAACGGGGAUCAGGGAAGACCUGACGGUGACAGCAAAGUUGCUUCAUCUGAUUAUUUAUCACCAAAGACAACGCUAGUUCCUGGGGAUUCACAGGUGCCAAUAUUGGAACCUUUACAUACCGCGUGUUCUUUACAUGGAUCCGUGACGUCUAUGACAGAUUUCGAGAGCAGUUGGCAUGGUCACUAUCACAAUAAAGAUAAAAUUACUGUUUUCAGGGACAAGACUCAUGAGCGCUAUAACAGUGAGUCAACUGACUCGGAGACUGAAUUAGACGAGGAUGAGGAGCAAUUCCCUGAGGGUGGUGUGAGAGCGUGGAUUGUCACGUUUGCCUGUUUCUGCGGGCUUAUUGCAUGCUUUGGUCUGCUAAACGCUACCGGUGUCAUGGAAAAUUACUUACAAUCUCACCAAUUGAAGGACCAAUCUUCAUCAUCAAUUGGGUGGAUAUUUUCUCUGUUGUUGUUCAUCUGCUUCGCAUCUUGUAUCUUUAGCGGCACCUACUUCGACCGGAAUGGUAUUAGAAAUCCACUGAUAGUCGGGACAGUCCUGCACGUCGGCGGGUUGUUUGGUAUGGCGAGCUCUACCAAGCUUUGGCAUUUUAUCCUAUCCUUUUCCGUGCUUUGCGGGUUUGGAAACGGUAUUGUUCUAAGUCCUCUGGUGAGUUGUCCCGCACAUUAUUUCAAGAAAAAGCGUGGUACUGCUAGUGCACUGGCUACUGUCGGUGGGAGUGUGGGAGGUGGUCUUUUCCCCCUAAUGCUCAGGAAGUUUUUCAGUAUGGAGUCAGAGACUGAUCCUAACUACGGGUUCGUUUGGGGUAUCAGAACACUGGCCUUCGUCAACCUUGCAUUACUGACCAUUGCUAUAUUUUUGGCCAGGGAGAGAAUCUCACGCAUUGACGAUGAACCCAAGAGGAAGGAGUCCAAGCUCCGCUACGUCCUCAGGGUUUAUCUGUUGGAAAGUUUCGACGCUAAGGCAUUCAAGGAUAUGAAGUACCUGACUUGUGUCAUCGGAACGUGUGUCGCUGAAUUGUCUCUAUGCUCUGUGAUCACGUACUACAGUGCAUAUUCUAUUAGCAGAGGGGUAUCUCAGUCAGAUUCGUACAUGCUAAUCAUGGUCAUCAAUUUGACUGGUAUCCCGGGGAGAUGGGUGCCAGGAGUACUAAGCGAUUAUUUUGGACGGUUCAACGUGGCUAUUGCUACUCUGACGCUACUAGGCUUGGUAAUGUUUAUUGCGUGGCUGCCAUUUGGUACAAACCUCACCAACAUGUACGUUAUCAGCGCCCUGUAUGGGUUUUUCUCGGGGAGUACAUUUUCACUAUUACCUGUAUGCUGUGGGCAAAUCUCAAAGACAGAAGAAUUCGGUCGUCGGUACUCCACGAUGUACUUUUGUGUUGCGUUCGCCACACUGGUCGGGGUCCCCAUCACUGGGGCUAUUAUUGGAGACAAAUCGCAGGCAAACUACCAACACUACAAAAUCUUUUGUGGUGUUACCGUCCUGUUCAGUGCUGCAUGCUUUGUGGUCUCGAGGUUUUUCGCCGUUGGUUGGAGAUGGAAGAAAUUCUAA